AUGGAAGCUGCAUACGAGACAUUGCAGGAUGCUGCUGGACUAACACAAUUAAGCUCAACUGUGGAGGAUGUAUUUUCCAGUGGCGAUCUCCCACGUGCUGCAGAAACGUUGGCUAACAUGAGACACUGUCUUGCUGCUGUUGGGGAGGUUGCCGAAUUUGCUAAUAUAAGGAAGCAGCUUGAAGUUUUAGAAGAUAGACUGGACACAAUGGUUCAGCCUCGUCUCACAGAUGCAUUGAACUACAAAAAGUGCAUUCUUGCUUUCCCUGAAGAUUACAAAACUCGUGUUCCUAAAUUGUUGACCGAGAUAAUGGCAUCCAUCUCUACAAGUUUUGUAUCUCGUGUUAAUCUAGAUACUGGAGAUGUUGUCCCUGAGACUAAAGCACUGGCAAAAGGUGUGUUAGACAUCUUAUCUGGUGAUUUACCCAAAUGUGCCAAAAUUCAUACAAAACACUUAGAAGCUCUGAUAGAACUACACAAUUUAACUGGGAGUUUUGCCAGGAAUAUUCAACAUGGAUUUUCAGAUUCAAAUCAGCAUGUAUGGGAAAAUGGAGCGAGGUGUGCUGCUGGGGGCAUUGCUGACCUUGAUCUUAGGGGAGUUAGUACUCGCAUUAUUGGUGUCCAGGGAGUUGAACUCAGUGAAACAGUGAGAAGGAUGGAAGAGUCCAUCCCACAAGUCAUUCUACUUCUUGAAGCUGCCACCGAAAGAUGUAUUAAUUUUACUGGUGGUUCUGAGUUAGAUGAACUAAUCCUAGCCCUAGACGAUGUAACAUUACAAUAUAUCACCAUCCUUCAGGGUAACUUGAAAGCACUAAGAGCAGUGUGUGGGGUGGAUGUAGCUGUAUAUAAUGUUGUAGGAAAGAAGGAAACUGGAUCUGAUAGGAAAGAUGCAGCAUAUUGCCUGACAAGCCGAAUUUCAGUUUUUGAAUCUUCCUUGAAGUCCACGCUUACUCGACUGAGCACUAAUCUGUCUUUCUCCGUGUAUGGUUCAAAUCUUGACCAGAACCAAUCACAUUUGGAUGACAAUGAUGGAACUGGGGGCUCUUCACCAGCAGGAAAAGCUUCCUUGGAUGUUGCAGCUCUCUGGCUUGUUGAUGUCCCCGAAAAGGCUCGGAAACUAUUUAGCCUCUUAGAGCAGUCGAAAGAUCCCCAAUUCCAUGCUCUUCCACUGGCUUCUCAAAGAGUAGCAGCCUUUUCAGAGGCAGUUAACGAGCUAGUAUACGAUGUACUCAUACUAAAAGUGAGACAACACUUCAAUGGUUUGUCUCACCAACCUACAUGGUCUUCUGUUGAAGAGACAAGCGCUUACCCUGUCCCAAGCUUUAGCGCCUAUCCUCAGUCGUACGUGAACAACGUGGGUGAAUACCUUCUUACUCUACCCCAACAGCUAGAGCCCCUUGCCGAGGGAAUUUCCAACAGUGACUCCAAUGCUGAGGAGGCGCAGUUUUUCGCAACUGAAUGGAUGUUCAAGGUAACUAAGCUCACUUAUUUACUUUAUACUCCAAUAUUGUACCGGAUCAUCUCACACUCAUCGAGUGAUGUGAAGGCGUAG